AUUUUAGUUGUCGUUGGCAGCAUCGUGGCGGUUGUUGUUCGAAACUAAAAAAAAACAGUGGAAAAAAGAAAAUUAAACUCACAUAUGUUUUCGGAUUUUGUGUUUUGAUUCAAGGAUUUAAAAUACGCGAACAUUUUGCCACCCCCACAGUCUACGCAUCCAGAAAUGUCGGCCAACAAGACGUAUCAGAGACCCGCCGACUUCAUCGACCCCGGCAAGCCAUCGAAGUGCACAUGGCAUCUGGAUAGCCAGGAGAAGUCCCCGCACACGCCACGCGGCAUUGCACAUCGCCAGAAGAUCACUCCCAACAUACUGGAAGUCAUUGGAUGUACGCCCCUCGUUCGCCUCAACAAAAUACCCCUUCAGGAGGGCAUCAAAUGUGAAGUUUAUGCCAAGUGCGAGUUCCUGAAUCCCGGUGGUUCGGUCAAGGAUCGCAUUGGCUAUCGCAUGGUGUUGGAUGCCGAAGAGCAGGGUCUGCUGAAACCGGGUUAUACGAUUAUAGAGCCGACAUCGGGUAACACGGGCAUUGGCUUGGCCAUGGCCUGUGCGGUGAGGGGUUACAAGUGCGUCAUCGUCAUGCCCGAGAAGAUGUCCAAUGAGAAGGUCUACGCCUUGCGUACUCUCGGUGCCAAGAUUAUACGCACGCCCACAGAGGCUGCGUACGACUCGCCCGAAGGUCUCAUCUAUGUGGCCCAGCAGCUGCAACGCGAAAUUCCCAAUUCCAUAGUGCUGGAUCAGUAUCGUAAUGCGGGCAAUCCCCUGGCCCAUUACGAUGGCACUGGAGCCGAGAUUCUGUGGCAACUGGACAAUCGUGUCGACCUGGUGGUGGUCACGGCAGGGACGGCGGGUACGAUCAGUGGAAUAGGACGCAAAAUCAAGGAGGAGGUGCCCAGUUGUAAGGUGGUUGGCGUCGAUCCCUAUGGCUCGGUCCUGGCCCGUCCCGACUCACUCAACAAGACCGACAUACAGUUCUAUGAGGUGGAGGGCAUCGGCUAUGAUUUCAAUCCGACGGUAUUUGAUCCGUCUGUGGUCGAUGAUUGGAUCAAAAUUAAGGACGCCGAUUGCUUUCCGAUGAGCCGUCGCUUGAAUGCCGAUGAGGGCCUCCUUUGUGGCGGCUCCAGUGGCGGCGCAGUUUUUGGCGCCUUGGAGCAUGCUCGCAAGCUAAAGGAAGGUCAGCGAUGUGUGAUUAUCCUGCCGGAUGGCAUACGCAAUUACAUGACAAAGUUCGUCUCGGACAACUGGAUGGAGGCCCGCGGCUUCAAAGAGAUCGUCAACGAGCACAAGCACUGGUGGUGGAAUACCCAGCUGAAGGAUGUCAAGCUGCCUGCUCCAUUAGCUUUGCUCAAGUCGAACGCCACCUUUUCCGAGGCCAUUGCUCUGAUGAAGAAACAUCGUGUCGAUCAACUGCCCAUGGUCGAUGCUGAUAAUGGAUCCGUUUUGGGAGUGGUCGGCCAGGAGACGCUCCUCAAUCAGAUCGUUAGCAUGAAUCGCCAGCAACACGAACCAGCAUCAAAGGCGUUGAAUAAGCGCAUUAUUCGUCUUCCAGAAACUGAAAUUAUGGGAAAGUUAGCGCGCAUUCUGGAGGUGGAUCCCAGUGUCCUCAUCAUUGGCAAGAGCGCCGCCGGCAAGGAUGAGAUCAAGUCGUUAGCCACCAAGCUUGAUGUGACUUCUUAUAUCGCUGCCGGUCCUACUGCCGGCACAAAUGGCACAAACGGCGUACACUAGUUGCCGCCCCCUCUCCAAAUCUUCCAAAUAUCUCCGUGACCCAAACAUACCAGUAAUAUCGUAUAGAUGCCCGCUAAGUGCAGUAAUUUUAAAGCCUACCGAUUUAUGUUUAACGAUAUUUGCAUGCAAUUUUUUAUAUGAAGUAUUUUUUUCUUAAUAAGUAUCGCAAAAAAUAAAAAGUAAAUCUUUAGACAUCGUGGAA